AUGUCGAAGGCGGAGGUAACUGGAGGAGCUCCUUCUUAUGACGAUGUCACGAAGGAAGUCGACUCCAAGCAACUGCAGUUCAACGAAGCCGCUGGCCUCUAUGGCGAUGCUGAGACUGCCGAACGCUAUGGUUAUGUUACUCGUGGUCUGAAAUCUCGACACAUCCAAUUUAUUGCUCUGGGAGGAUCUAUCGGCACGGGUCUCUUUUUGGGUAUUGGUCGCGCCCACACCCAAGGUGGCCCGCUGAGUAUUCUGCUUGGCUACUCCCUCACCGGUGUCGCGAUCUUCGGAAUGAUGAUGUGUCUUGGUGAAAUGGCAACUUGGCUUCCACUUCCUGGCGCGAUACCUCACUUCUGCGGACGUUACGUUGAUGAAGCCAUGGGAUUCGCUGUCGGCUGGAACACUUGGUACCAAUGCGCAAUCACUAUUUGUGUCGAAAUUGCUGCCGCUGCUCUCCUAAUUGAAUACUGGCCAGGUGCAGAGGGCAUUAAUGUCGGAGCAUGGAUCGCUUUAAUUUGGGUUCUUAUCAUGUUCCUGAAUGUCUUCGCCGUAGCUAUCUAUGGUGAGGCAGAGUUCAUAUUCGCCAGUGUCAAGAUUGUCACCAUUGUCGGUCUUCUCAUCCUGUCUCUUAUUAUUGAUCUCGGCGGUGGUCCGGACCAUGACCGUCGAGGCUUCCGUUACUGGAAGAAUCCUGGUGCGAUGAGAGAGUAUGUUGCUACCGGCGCUGAAGGGCGAUUCCUUGGGUUUUUCUCGACGCUUGUGAAUGCUGCAUUCUCAUUUGGUGGUGUAGAAAUGGUUGCUUCUGCAGCUGGUGAGGCAGCAAACCCGCGACGAAACAUCCCCAAGGCUAUACGAAGAGUAUUUUGGCGUAUCAUUACCUUUUAUGUGCUGGGAUCUCUCGCCAUCGGAAUGUUGGUGCCUUACGACGAUAAAAUGCUGCUGAAUGCUCAAAAAUCAUCCAAAUCGAGCACUGGUGCAGCCUCCCCAUGGGUUAUCGCCAUCCAACGUGCGGGCAUUCCGGUUCUCCCUUCCAUCAUCAACGCCGUCAUUUUGACCUCCGCUUCUUCCUCGGGUAAUGCAUUCUUGUAUACUGGUAGUCGCUAUCUUUAUGCCCUGGCCCAGAACGGCCAAGCACCGAGGUUCCUUUUGAAAUGCACCAAACUGGGUGUGCCGAUUUACUGUGUUUUAAUCACGGGAUCCGUCGGGCUCCUCACAUUCAUGUCCACCAGCGCCGGCGCCAACACGGUUUUUAUCUGGUUCCAGAACCUGACCACCAUCGCCUCGUUGUUCACCUGGGUUUCCAUCUGUAUUGCCUGCAUUAAAUUCCACCAUGCAAUCAAUGCACAGGGAGUCGACCGCAAUACAAUGGUUUUCCGAGCUCCCUGGCAACCAUAUCCCGCAUACUUUGCGCUCGUCUUCUUCUCCAUAAUCAUAUUUUUCAACGGCUUCGACUCCUUUGCCCCCAAGUUCAAGUUCCAGGGCUUUUUCACCGCAUACAUUGGCGUCCCAAUCUAUUUCGGACUAUAUUUGUUCUGGAGAAUCUUUAAAAGGACCAAGUUCAUCGAUCCCGCAGAGGCCGAUAUUUGGUCGGGAAAAGCUGCUCUUGAUGCUGUCGAGUGGCCCGCAGAUAACCCCCGAAACCUUAUCGAGAAGAUAUGGUUCUGGAUUGCAUAA